AUGGCACAGCUUAGACUUCUCUCCUUCAUUGUCAUAAAUUCAAAAAAGAGUGAUCUCCACGAUUAUCUCGGUGGUCCCAAUUUCAUCCCCACAUAUUCCCAUGCCGUGACAGGCGAGCAAAUCCCCAUUACCAUGGGCCAUGAAUUUUCCGGUACCAUCAUCGAAAUCAGCACCGGCGUAACCGGAUUCCAAAUCAGUCAAAAAGCCGCCAUCCAACUCACCAUCGCCGACUACCGGUACUCCUGCUCCGCCUGCAAACGCGGCCUUGAAAACGUGUGUUACAACGGGGGCUUCAUCAGGCUUUCAGGCUGGGGCGGUGGUCUCUCAGACACUAUUUGUAUCCCCGCGAAACUCGUGAUUCCCCUCCCAGACAACACACCAUUAGACAUCGGCGCACUAGUCGAGCCCCUAUCCGUAGGCUAG